AAAGUGGCCUCUUCUAUAUUUGCCACAAUUGAAGGGGUGGGUGUAUAUAUAACAGCUUCUGUUCAGAGAAUGAAGGUUACCUUUAAAGCUCUUCCGCUGUUUUCAAGAUGCAUCGAAGACUGAUUCUUUAUUGCUUGUUCACUUUAAAAGCUGUUCUUUCAAACAUCAGUCAGUCUCCUGAACUCGUGAAGGUCCCACUUGGAGGCACAGCUUAUCUGCAGUGUGAUCUGGGGCAUUUGAUGACAGUGUGCGAUGUUAUCUCAUGGUAUAAAUUGCACCCAAGAACUCAACAGCUGAACAAAACCACAGCCAUUAAUACUGAGACGCUUGAAGAAGGACAAUGUCUGGGAGUUUUCCAUAACAUAACUGUACGUGAUUCAGGAAUAUACUACUGUGUCGUUGUGUAUACUGUUAUGAUGUACAUGGGCAACGGCUCCAGGGUCAUCGUAACAGAGCCCAAUCGCCAGCCUACACUCAUACUACAGGUCCCACAGGAGAGUGCAGGGUGGAAUGUCUCUCUGCAGUGUCUGGUGAUGGGGGUCACCCCGUCUGAAGUUCACGUUUCUUGGGUCAUUAGGAAGAGAGUAAUGACCGGUUGGACAGAAUCAGGCUGGACGAAUGACAGCGAUUCAGCUUUAGAGUUUACCAGAGCUCAUAUUACUCUUCCCUCAGAGAAAUGGAUGGAUGAUGUUCAGUGUGUGGUUGAACUGGAUGACAGAAAAUUCUUCACGUCUCUGAAAACAGAUGUAUGUUUACUCUCCUUGGGCUUGAAUGCAGCAUUUGUCAUCAUUGUUGUGACUGUCGUUAUUGCUGUUCGUACAUGCCUAGCAAAACAGAAGAGUUUUACUGUGAGGUCUCAUGGUGUAGCAUCUCAGGUCAGACGCAGGAAUGGUAAACGGGGAACACACACAGUAGAGGGAUUGUGCAUAACGGAAGUGCAGUAUGCAAGCUUGGACCUGACUGAUACUGAACAUCACAGCAGGACUGCUUUAAGCCAGAUUCGCUAGAAGUGUUAUAGAAGUUUGUUGUUAAUAUUAGUCUCCUGAAUUUGUGAGUACCGGUAAUUGGAAAAAUGUGUAAAGUAUGUAAGAAAAUGUAAAAAAAAAAAAAAAACAUAUUCAUCAAAUUGUUUAUUUUUUUUUAUUAAUGAUUAAAAAAUUAAAUUAAAUUAAUAAACAACAAAUAAUUACUGGGACUAUAAGCACUGAAGGCAGCAGACUGAGGUUCAAUUUCUCACCCAGGCAAACAGAACCUCAUACAGCUUAUGAUCUGUGCGCAACAUUCCUCUACGUUUUAGGAUGUGUUGUACCAUCAAGGUCUAAAUGAUUGAUUGUUUUUAAUGAAAUGGUCAAAUGUCUUACUUUUAAUAUCUGAUAUGUGUUCUGUGUUCUAUUGUGAAUAAAAUAUAGGUUGCAAAUCA